UGCUCAGGUCUCACCCUGUGACUAAUGGGAGCUGCUGAGUAUUUAAGAGGACGGGCAAGGCGAAGACACGUGUUUUUGUUCUGUUAAGAGUCAGAGGCAACACAGCUUAGAGGAAAAAGAUUUACGGAUCGGCAGACCUGGCAAAAUGUGCUUUGGAAAAUGUGCAAAAUGUAUUGGCUCGCUGCUGUUAGCCCUGGCAAUUCUAUGCAUUGUGGCAAACAUCCUGCUUUACUUUCCUAAUGGAGAGACACAGUAUGCUUCUAAUAAUCAACUCAGCAGAUAUGUCUGGUAUUUCGAGGGUAUCGUAGGAGCCGGUGUGCUGAUGCUUAUCCCAGCAUUUGUGUUUAUUGGACUAGAAGACGACACUUGCUGUGGGUGUUGUGGUAAUGAGAGCUGUGGCAGAAGCUGCGCAAUGUUGUCAUCCAUUUUGGCUGCAAUAAUUGGGGUUGCUGGAUCUGCAUAUUGUGUGAUCGUAUCGGCUUUCGGAUUAGUUCAAGGCCCUUAUUGUUUGGCAAACAACCAAUGGACUUACCCAUUCCAAAACAAUACUGGAAGCUACCUGACAGAGUACUCUACCUGGUCCCAGUGUGCAGAGCCAAAGAAUGUUGUUGUCUGGAACGUUACUCUUUUCUCCAUCCUCCUCGGUCUGUCUGGAAUCCAGCUGAUCUUAUGUUUGAUCCAGAUCAUUAAUGGUCUCAUUGGAGGACUGUGCGGCUGUUGCUGCGAGGAGAAAACACAGUCUUAUGCUUGCUAGUAUAUAGAAGAUCCUAAAAGAAGCCACACCGCCCACAGUGAACUCACCCACAUGAGGAAAGGAGUGGAGGUCUUCUGGCUUAUAGUUUGUAAAUUUACACGGACCGAAUACUGUGGAUAACCAUAAUUCCAAAUGUUGUCAGUUCUCCGGACAGAGGAAAACUUGAUCUUUUAUGUCAGCUCAUAGAAAUGGCUGGCAACAUAUGAAACAACUGGACAUAAUUUUAAAAAAAUGGCAGAAAUUGGCAAUAUUAUAAUUUAUACAUACCGGUAUAUAUGCACAAUUACAACAUUCCCUCUCUUUAUUGACUGUGAGAAUAUUUUUUAUUAACAGAUUAUUAUGAAUUUUGAAUGUAAAAUACAAUUUAACUGACUUUUAUACAUAUUAAUAUUAUUAAACAAAUUCAUAAAUUA